AUGGCGAAUAGCGAAGAUGUUAUCGUGCCAGCGGACCUGGAAGAUGACGUUGCUGGGUCAGCAUCGGCGUUGCGCGUGUCGCCAUGGUGCGCGCCGUGGCUGUGGUCGGCGGUUAAGGUGGUGCUGCUCGUGCUGCUCUGGCACACCUUCAGCACGGCGCUCUCCCUUCACCUCUGCUGCCACUCGUGGCUGCCCGCCUCCCCCAUCUCCUGGCGCGACUACUUCGUGCGAGUGGUGCCCACGGCAGUGGCCACAUCGCUUGACAUUGCCCUCUCCAGCUUCUCCCUCGCGCUCGUCACCCGGACCUUCUACUCCAUGUGGCGUGUGGUGCUCCCAGUGGCGGGGGAGACGGAGUUUGAGCUGCUGGGCUUCAUCUUCGUCAUGCUGGCCUCAUUCAUGGCGGGUCUCCGAUGGGUGCUGCUGCAAGUGCUCCUCCAGCCCCAGCUCCACAGUGCCUGUGUGCUGUGCUUGCUCUCCCACACGCCACAAUCCUCCGGUUUCUCACCCUUCCUCGCAUAUUUGCUAUGGUCACGCCAUCCUCAUGCCACUAUCUCCUUUCCAGUCCUCCUAGUUCCCCUUGCCUCCCACCAACCGCAAGUCCGCCCUCCCUCUACCCCAACAGGCCUGACCAACCCGCUGCUCACGUUGCUGCAGUAUCUGGCGCCCGUGAUGGCGCUUGUGUGCGGCAUCUUCUCGCUGCUGCACGAGCCGUGGUCCUCGCUCGCCUCCUUGCCCUACUUUGACACGUGGCCUCACGCCCUCUGGACCCUCGCCGUCAUGCCCGUGGGGGGCGUCCUCGCCUUCUGCAUGGUGGGUGGGUGUGGGCUGUCGCGCAACAAGGCACGUGAGUCUGAAGGCCAUCAGGUGCACGCGCUCAGUGAUGAGCUCCUCCCUCACCACCCGGGGGCAGGCCCUCGGACCAACUCUAGCUGUCUUUUGAGUCGACUCAAAAGUCAUCUGAAGGCCAUCGGGUGCAAAAGCUCACUGAUGAGCUCAUCCCUCACCACCCGGGCAGGCCCUCCGAGCAACUUUAGCUGCUGCACCACCCCGCCUCGCUCUACUCGUCCGCCCCCCUAG